UAAAACCUUUCAUAAUGGAUUCUUCUCCACCAUUAAAAAUCGUUUCAAAAUGCUUUGUGAAACCCAAAACAAUCCCAGAAGAAUCAAAGCAACCAUACUAUUUAUCCCCAUGGGACUACGCUAUGCUCUCUGUUCAAUAUAUCCAGAAAGGUCUCCUCUUUCACAAGCUGCUUCAUUCCACUGACACUUUUCUCGAGAAACUGAGAGAGUCUCUAGCCAUCACGCUCGUCCAUUUCUACCCUCUCGCUGGUCGCCUCUCGACGCUAAAAACCGAUGUCCCAAAAUCGUACUCAGUUUUUGUAGAAUGUAACAAUAGCCCUGGUGCUGGAUUUAUCUAUGCGACUUCUGAUUUAUGUGUAGCAGACGUUUUGGGGCCCAAGUACGUUCCUUUGAUUGUUCACUCUUUCUUUGACCACCACAAAGCUGUGAAUCAUGAUGGACACAUCAUGAGCCUCUUAUCAGUCCAGGUGACAGAAUUGGUAGAUGGAAUUUUCAUAGGAGUGUCGAUGAAUCACGCAAUGGGAGACGGUACUUCGUUUUGGAACUUCUUUACGGGUUUGUCUGAUAUAUUCCAAACACAAGAGAGGAACAAGACCGAUGACUUGUGUCUUAAGAACCCACCGGUUUUGAAGCGUUAUAUCCCUGAAGGAUACGGUCCUCUCUUCAGCAUUCCAUAUAGUCAUCCUGAUGAAUUUAUCAGACCUUACGAAUCUCCGAUUCUCAAGGAGAGAGUAUUCUGUUUCUCAUCAGAAACAAUAAGAUUGCUUAAAGCAAAGGUUAACCAAAUAUGUGGAACAACCUCAAUCUCCUCUUUCCAAUCCCUAACCGCGUUUAUAUGGAGAUGUAUAACUCGGGCGCGAAGAUUACCCCUCGAGCGAGAAACAAGUUGUAGACUUGCUGCUGACAACAGAGCAAGGAUGUAUCCACCGCUUCCCCGGGAUUACUUUGGAAACUGCCUCUCUGCUUUAAGAACAGCAGCAAAAGCAGGUGAGUUAUUGGAGAAUGAUCUUGGAUGGGCUGCUUUGAAAGUGCAUCAAGCAGUAGCUGAACAUACUAGUGAAAAGGUAUCUCAAAUGAUUGAUCAAUGGUUGAAGGCUCCUUUUAUUUACCAGAUUGAUCGCCUUUUUGAACCGAUGAGCGUUAUGAUGGGAAGUUCGCCAAGGUUCAACAAGUAUGGUUGUGAAUUUGGGAUGGGAAAGGCAGUGACGCUCAGAAGUGGCUAUGCGCAUAAGUUUGAUGGGAAAGUAUCGGCUUACCCAGGAAGAGAAGGAGAGAGAAGCAUAGAUUUGGAGUUAUGUCUUGUUCCAGAGUUUAUGGAAGCUUUAGAAUCAGAUGAAGAGUUCAUGUCUCUUGUUUCUUUUUGAUAAAUCAAGAAGUUCUUCCAAGUUUCUCAAUAUUUUCAAUAUGUUUAUCAACUUUUGUUUUUUUGCUAUUCACCUCGAUAUGUUAUCAUCAUUUCCA